CCGAGGUCUGUCAUGGCGGCGCCCAGCGGACGAGCCGGCGCGGAGGAAAGGAAUGCUAGGGUUCUUGGUGGCGCGACAAGCGGGUUUGGACGACCCGCUUCGCCUGCGGAGGGCGGAGUCCACCCGGAGGGUUUUGGGCCUGGAGUUAAACAAAGACCGAGAUGUUGAAAGGAUCCAUAGCAGCGGAGUCAACACCCUUGACAUUGAGCCUGUUGAGGGGAGAUAUAUGUUAUCAGGUGGUUCGGAUGGUGUGAUUGUACUUUAUGAUCUUGAGAAUUCCAGCAGACAGCCGUAUUACACAUGUAAAGCAGUGUGUUCCGUUGGCAGAAGCCAUCCUGAUGUUCACAAGUACAGUGUGGAGACUGUGCAGUGGUACCCUCAUGACACUGGCAUGUUCACGUCAAGCUCAUUUGAUAAGACUCUGAAAGUGUGGGACACAAAUACUUUACAAACUGCAGAUAUAUUUAAUUUUGAAGAAACUGUUUAUAGUCAUCAUAUGUCUCCAGUCGCCACCAAGCAUUGUUUGGUAGCAGUUGGUACCCGAGGACCCAAAGUACAACUUUGUGACUUAAAGUCUGGAUCCUGUUCGCACAUUCUACAGGGUCACAGGCAAGAAAUACUGGCGGUUUCCUGGUCACCACGUUAUGAAUACAUCUUGGCUACUGCAAGUGCAGACAGUAGAGUCAAAUUAUGGGACGUGAGGAGAGCAUCAGGGUGCUUGAUUACACUUGAUCAGCAUAACGGGAAAAAGUCACAAGCUGCUGAAUCAGCAAACACUGCUCAUAAUGGGAAAGUUAAUGGCUUAUGUUUUACAAGUGAUGGGCUUCACCUCCUCACUGUGGGCACAGAUAAUCGAAUGAGGCUUUGGAACAGUUCCAGUGGAGAAAACACACUUGUGAACUAUGGAAAAGUUUGUAAUGAGAGUCGAAAAGGAUUGAAAUUUACUGUCUCCUGUGGCUGCAGUUCAGAAUUUGUUUUUGUACCAUACGGUAGCACCAUUGCUGUUUAUACAAUUUACUCAGGAGAACAGAUAACUAUGCUUAAGGGACAUUAUAAAAACGUUGACUGCUGUGUGUUUCAAUCUAAUUUCCAGGAACUUUAUAGUGGUAGCAGAGAUUGCAAUAUUCUUGCUUGGGUUUCAUCUUUAUAUGAGCCAGUACCUGACAGUGAUGAGACUACAAGCAAAUCACAAUUAAAUCCUGCGUUUGAAGAUGCCUGGAGCAGCAGUGAUGAGGAAGGAUGACUAUCAAUCGUAGUGCUUGGUGUCUCUAUUGGUGGGAUAGUUCUCAGAUAGAACUACUUGGGGACUUCUGUAAAAACCUAAUUCCAGUGAUGGCGGAAUUACCUUGAUUUGGGGUGUUUUUUCCUCCCUUGAUUUAAAAUGAAGUUAGAAUAUGCCUGAAGUCCUACAACAGUUUACCAUGUAGUUUAAACAAAAUACACCCCCUAGAGCCCAGCCCCCUUUGCCACCACAUGAGGAGACACGUCACGGUGCUCUGCCCUCCGUGGUGGCCCUGCAGCCUCCUCCCCAGUCUGGGCCUGGGUGCUGCAGACUGAGGAUCAGCAAGUAGAGAGCCUUAGACUUGACUUUCUCCUCCUGGCUGUGUCAUCAGCUGCUCAGUUUCGUCUCCUCAUCAUUCAUGCUCCUUCCCAUUGAGGAGGAUAGUAUCAGAAAAUAAUAGUUCAAGAGGUGUCGUCAGAAUUCUUUUACUCUUAUUCAUGGAUUCCGUUUUAAACUGAUUUUACUUAUCCACCAUCUAGAUUUUUGUUAAAUAUUUUGGGACUCUGCUUA